CCUCUAGUGACCGAGUGUGCACAGGGGGCUUUCCACGAGCCAUCUCCUCUCCUCCUCCCUGCGAGUUGCUGGGCAGCCCAGCGGCAGCAUGUGGGCCAACAAACUCCUGCCGGUCCUGCUGCUCCAUCUGCUGCUGCUGCUUCCCAUCACCAUCCCUUUGGCAGAAGGCAAAGGGAAAAGGAGAAAUGCUCUUCAUGACUUCAAAAAGACAGGCGAGACUAUGCUAAUUAGAUCAGACCUAUCACUGGUGGGAAAAACCAAGCUGUUAAACACCACAGAGCAAUGUGCCAAGAGAUGCAGCAGAAAUAAAGGCUUUUCAUUCCCUUGCAAGGCCUUUGCUUUUGACAAAGCUACGAAACGAUGCCAUUGGUUCUCUUUCAAUAGCAUGACGAAUGCAGUGAGGAAGAAGCAAGACCAUGCGUUUGAUCUAUAUGAAAAGAAAGACUACAUUAGAAACUGUAUCAUUGGUAAAGGGGCAAACUACAAGGGAACAAUAUCUGUUACCAAAAGUGGCAUCCAGUGUCAGGCAUGGAAUUCUAUGAUACCCCACGAGCACAGCUUUUUGCCUUCGAGCUAUCGGGGUAAAGACCUACAGGAAAACUACUGUCGGAAUCCCCGUGGAGAAGAAGGAGGGCCUUGGUGUUUUACAAGCAAUCCAGAGAUACGCCAUGAAGUCUGUGACAUUCCUCUCUGUUCAGAAGUUGAAUGCAUGACCUGCAAUGGAGAAAGUUACAGAGGGCCAAUGGAUCACACUGAAUCAGGCAAGGAAUGCCAGCGCUGGGACCUUCAGAGACCACACAGGCACAAAUUCAGACCAGAGAGAUAUCCUGACAAGGGCUUUGAUGAUAAUUACUGCCGCAAUCCUGAUGGCAAGCCGAGACCAUGGUGCUACACUCUUGACCCUGACACCCCGUGGGAGUUCUGUGCAAUUAAAACGUGUGCUCAUGCCAUUGUGAACAUCACUGAUGCUGCUGUAGAAACGACAGAGUGCAUCAAGGGGCAAGGUGAGGGCUACCGAGGUACCGUGAACACCAUAUGGAGUGGAGUCCAAUGUCAGCACUGGGACUUCCAGUUUCCUCACCAGCACAACAUCACUCCCGAAAACUUCAAGUGCAAGGAUUUAAGAGAGAACUACUGCCGAAAUCCAGAUGGAUCGGAGUCACCUUGGUGUUUUACUACUGACCCAAACAUUCGGAUUGGUUAUUGCUCCCAAAUACCUAAGUGUGAGGUGUCAAGUGAACAAGAUUGCUAUCGUGGGAAUGGCAAGAAUUACAUGGGGAAUUUGUCUAAGACAAGAUCUGGGCUAACUUGCUCCAUGUGGGACAAGAAUAUUGAUGACUUAAGGAGGCACAUACCAGUAUUCAGGGAACCAGAUAUUAGCAAACUGAAGAAAAACUACUGCCGCAAUCCAGAUGAUGAUGCUCAUGGUCCCUGGUGCUAUACAAGCAAUCCUCUCAUUCCCUGGGACUACUGCCCAGUUUCUCGAUGUGAAGGUGAUACAAGUCCUACUGCAACCAAUUUAGACCAUACUGUCAUUUCUUGUGCCUCAACCAAACAUUUGAGAGUUGUAAAUGGAAUCCCAACACAAACUAACGAAGGAUGGAUGGUUAGUUUGGUCUACAGGAAUAAACAUAUCUGCGGAGGUACUUUGGUAAAGGAAAACUGGGUUCUAACAGCAAGACAAUGUUUCCCUUCUCGGUACAAAGAUUUGAAAGACUAUGAAGCCUGGCUUGGAGUUCAUAAUAUCAAAGGAAGAGAAGAGAAACGUAAACAAGUUCUGAAUAUCUCCCAGUUGGUGUAUGGACCUGAAGGGUCUGAUUUGGUAUUAUUGAAACUUGCCAGAGCUGCAGUAUUCAAUAAUUUUGUGGAUCUAAUCAGACUGCCCAUUUCUGGAUGUACCAUUCCAGAGAGGACCACCUGCAGUGUUUACGGAUGGGGACACACAGGAUUGAUUCAAUUUGAUGGCCUGCUCCAAGUAGCAAACCUAUUUAUUAUGGGAAAUGAGAAGUGCAACCAAUAUCUCAAAGGGAAGAUUACUGUGAAUGAGUCAGAAAUCUGCGCUGGGGCUGAGGGCAUUGGCACUGGACCAUGUGAGAGGGAUUAUGGCGGCCCCUUGGUCUGUGAACAAAACAGGAUGAAAAUAAUAGUGGGUGUUAUUGUUCCUGGCCGCGGAUGUGCCAUUCCAAAUCGUCCUGGGAUUUUUGUCAGAGUGGCAUAUUACUCCAAGUGGAUACGCAAAAUCUUGCUGACAUACAAAUCUGAGUUAUAGCCGACUAUUUCCCACAAAAGCACCAAUUCCACACACAUGAAGAUUUCAGAGAGCAUGAAAUUAAUGUGUAAUGUAAAGAUCCAUGAUUUUUUAAAAAACUACUUGAUAGUCAAGUUUCUUGAUCUUCUAUUGAUAUUUAUGGGUGUUUUCUGAAGAUUUUGUCUAUCAGUGUUGUUUUAUAGAUGUUGAAGUGAGCUACGGUAUAUGCAAGUAUGGUGACAUAUCUCCUGAAGAUACUUGAAUGGGUAAAAAAAAAUUGCAAAGAUACUAUUGCUGAAUGCAGAAGUGUUUUGUGGAAAUAGCUCAUGUAGCCUCUUGUCAGGCUUGUCCAAGAGAAACAAAGAAAGCCUUUUUUUCUUUACCACCCCUUACUCUUGCUACGUACCAUAUACUGCUCUCUGUUUGUGGCAAGAGUUCUAUUGAGAGCUGUGUGCAUUGAUCAAGAACAGCAUAUAUGGACCUAAUUCUCUUCCCCCAUAUGCAGAAUUUAAAUAUGUUAAAUGCUAAACUUAAAAUAUAAUCUCUUUAUUUGCUCAUUUCAUUGUGGGCCCAAUUCUGCAAGCCCUCCAUGAGCAGAGCUCUCAUUGAAGUCAAUGGGAACUCCUUUUACAUAGGAUUUAUCGGAUCUGGCUCUGUUCUUGCUGUCCUACGGGAUAUUACACUAUAUAUCCUGUGGAUGAGGGAUGAGACAGAGAAACAGGUUGAUUAGCAAGUUAUCAGUCUUUUUUGAAUUGUCCUAGGGUACAUCUCUCUGCGGCUGGAGAUGUAAUUCACUGCUCAGGUAGAUGUACACAAAUCUAUACAUGCUAGAUUUGAUUGAGCUAGCAAGUUAAAAAUAGUAGUGUAGCUGUUGGUGCUGGCAAUGGCAUGGACUAGCGUCCUGAGUACUUAUCUAGAGUCACUGAUGGGAUUGCAGUCAGGCGACUAGCCCAUGCAGCUGCCCGUGUUUCCGUGGCUACAUAGCUAUUUUUAGUGGGCUAGCUCAAUCAAAGCUGGAAACUCCAGCUGCAGUCAGGGCCGGCGCUUCCAUUAGGCGACCCUAAGCGGUCACCUAGGGCGCCAGGAUUCGGGGGGCGGCAUUUUGUGCGCUCCCCAUGGGGUGCGCAGGAGCUUCCAGUUUUGCUCCUGUUGCGCCGCCGAAGAAGGCCCAUCUACUGACAUGCCGUGGAAAACAGCUGCAGGCAAUUGAGCGGCUCAAUGACUGCCGCUGUCGCCAGUGGCAUUUCGGUGGAAGUCCUUUUUCGGUGGCGCAAUGGGAGUGGAACUGGAAGCUCCCGCGCGCCCCGUGGGGAUUGCACAAAAUGCUGCCCCCCGAAUUCUGCCUAGGGCGCCAGAAACUCUGGCGCCACUCCUGGCUGCAGUGUAGAUAAACCCUCAUAUUUAAAAAAAACACACCUAAAAGUGUAUUUCCUAGGAGCCCAGGAAUGUAUCCUGAUUAGCUAAUGACAGACCAUUUUUACUGUUAACAUUAAUUACAUCGUAAUAGAGAGUUUGGGCCAGAUUUCUCAGUAACUCAGGGGAAUAACUCUGGAUUUACAGCAGGAUAAGAGUAGAAUCUGACUAUGAGCUGAUAGAAUCAACAGGAAAAAAAAGAAUAGUGUUGUCAUUAAUGCAUUUAAAACCAAAUUGUGCCCUCAGGUAUGCCUGAGGGCGUUGGAAAUUGCAUAUGCCUUCGGGGCGGAGUGUCAGCCCUUCAUGUUUAACAAACAGAACCACUAAAAGAACCAAUUUUUCAAAUAGAAUGGAACAAACAUCUUUUGAUUUCAGUAACAUUAAAUAUGUUAUAUUAUCUUCAAGAAAAACCUAAACAUUUGGUUAAACAAUACAUCUUUGGUAUAACUUCUUUGAAACCAGUAGAAUUAUUGCAGAGAUAAAUCUAGCCUGUUAUAAAGUAUGCAACAUGUCACUAAUGGUUUAAUUGCUUGUGUUACACGUCUACUUGCAUACUUAGGGCCAUAAUUUUCCAUACUAGAAAUGGAGCAAGAGAGAAAAAGGUCAACAUCCUUGUUUCCUUGUGCUCCUUUAGAACAUGUAUUGUGUAGCUGAAAGUAUUAAACAAUUAGCAAAUGGCAAUAUUUUACAUUAGAUGGCACUAAUUACCAUGUACCUGCUGGAAAAAUGAUACACUCUAUAAUCCCAUUGUACUUACUACCGUACAUUAAAUUGCAUAAAGAACUUCAUUGUUACUUUAUUCAUGAACUACCGUAUGUAAAUGUAUAUGUUUCAGAUCACAGACUGCAAAGUAUGUACCAUAUCUAAUUACAUAGCCCCUAAACUGACAUCACUGUGUACAAGUAAAGAAUAUUUCACUAUAAUUACAUGUAAGUGACAUAGGGCUGAAUCCUGCCUUGGUAAAAAUAACCAUGCAGGGGAGCUGCCUUAGGAGGCUGAGAAGGCGCUGAUUCCCCAAACUGUCCCUAAUCAAAAAAGCGUUUUGACUUUAAUGGCUUAGCUAUAUAGUUAAAUGCUUUGCUGAAUAGGGAUGGACUUCAGCAUAGGUUUAAGUGCUUUGCUGAGUAACACCCAAAACAGUCUACUGGCACAAAGCAAGAAGUCUUGCAGCAAGCAGAUAAAAAGAACUGUUUCUGAAAAUCCUUCCUCCCGUGGGUAGCCCCACUGACCAAAAUGGGACUACUCACAUGAGUGGGAUUACUCAUAAAGGCUUCCAGGUUCUGGCUCAUCACUUGUAUGCCUAUGUGUUAGCUGGUUAUACCUCCCACUUUGCUAGUGAAAGGGAUUAGGCUUCAUACACUCUCCCUCUGGCUCCUCUUGUUUUCCAACCCAGCAGAGGGCAGGAUUUAGCCUGUAGCACUUACAAGAAAUUGUUGCCAUUUAUGUAAAGUGUAUAUUCUCAUUAAAUAUGUGCUGACUAUAUCUUAAAGAAAAGGAUUAACUUUUAAGGAGAGAUGAAGAACUCCAAGUGAGUUUUUAUUUUGUGCCAUUGAGAAGAGUGUGGAUAAAGUAUACAAUGACAUAUUUACUUUUCCUAUUCUAAGACUUGUUAUGUGCUCACUGUAUUAUAUUUGCAGGCAUUUUGUUAUGUCUGCCAACAAAAUAAAAUAAAAUAAAUUGGAUCCUGAAGUAUUUUAGUUAUAAUCUUCUGCUGUGCAGAGGACAAUAUGAUUAUAUAUAUGUAUAUAUAUAUAUAUGAUAAAUAUACUGUUUUUUGUUAGACAAUGUGUAAGGAUUUUUACCUGUUUGUUCUGGGCAGCAUCUCAGUAAAAUGAGUUGUGCAGAGUCAAUGCUCUAGAACUUAAUGUGUUUGUAAGCACUUGCUUAUCAGGUGUGCAUACUCUCUCUAAGUAUGGAGGGAAUUUGGCACUCUGAAAAGCAAGGAAAGAGAAGAAUAAUGACAUGGUAAUUAAUUUUUACUUCAUUUAUUCCUGUGAAUAUUUCUUGUUGGUACCAAUGGUACUGUACCAGGGAAAUGUUAUAGCUACAGCAUUCUCCUUCACAAGGACACUGUUAAGGCACUUUUCAUUGUUUUAACAAUAUAUUUUUUUAUAACUAGGGGCCUGAUCCAGUGCUCAUUGAAGUACCAGGAAAGGCUCCUACUGACUUAAAUGGGCAUUUACCUGGGCUUUGUGGAUGCAGUUUUGGCCAGGACCAUAUUUAAGAGAAAAAUUGGGCAGUAGUUGUAUAAAGGCUAUGAAACAAGUAAUUAGGAAAAAACCCUCAGUCACUGACAAUGUCUUAACCCAAAUUCAGCUUUGUUUUUCAAACGUUUGAUCGAGGCAAGAAGGAUAACUAGUCCCAGGACUGGGAUAACAGACAAAAGUGUAAUUGACGUGGGACUUUGAAAAACUUAGGGGCUGCUUCUGCCCCAUUAAAGUCAAUGGGAGCUUUAUUAUUGAUUUUUUGGGGGCGGGCACUGGAUCUGGCUUUGUUACUGCAACCCUCCUCUUUAGGCUUGACUCUCCAAGGAAUUAGAGCUCUGAGUGGUCUUGAUGCUGCUGAAAUCCUUUCCCCGGGUUUAAGAUGAGAGCGCUCAUGGGAAAUCCUGAAAACCCAUGGAAUUUCAUGGGGCUACUCAUGCAAUUUAGGGUUUUCAGAAUAAUACCUGAAGUUUUCUGUGAGGGAUGCAAUCUACUCAGGCAAAAAUGCCCAUUGAAAUCAGUGGAUAUUUUUUGCCAAAAGACUGCAGCACCUGGCUUAAAAGUUGCUCUGUACUGUCUAAGAUGGCCACACAUCCAUUUACGUAAUCCCCAAAUAUCAACAGGCAUGAAAGUCUGAAUAUGAACCAACUGACCCCAUUGGAAAUCAAUGGGACUUUUGGCAGCAUAAAGUUUGUUGGACUGAUCAUAACAUGUUUUGUUACCAAUUAUUUUCUUCUUUCUUCACAUGCACUGGUAUAAUACUGUAUCACAAGCAUUGGGGCUGCUGACAAGAACUAACAUUGCUUUUCACCCUACCUUUACAGUGUCUCUUUAUAAAUAGGCUCAUGGACAUAUGUCUGUGGAGUUUCCUAAUUUGGAAUCUGACUUCAGGUAACUGUCAGUGAAAUGCUGUGGAUGGUUCAAUUCUUUUUUCUUGUAUUUAAAUAGGAACAUAUUAAUGUUGCCUAUUGAAUAAAACUAGCUGAAUCCCUAUCAAAAGGGAACACUGUGGUUAUAACUUCUAUUACAAAAAUUCUGUAAUUAAUGGCAUUAUUGUUAGUUAACAAAGUUGGUAUUUUGUAACCUUUAUCCUUAUUAUUCUUAAUAAACUAUUUUAUAAA